GGCUCAAGCCUGUGUUUCGCCCAGACUUCGCUUGGAAGUUCUCGGCUCGGGUCGCUGCAAACGGAGAUGUCGGGCUACCGCCAGGAUCGCCAGCUCACGGGUGCCGCCCGUAACGGGAGCAAUGGAAAUGGGCCCGGGGUGAAGCCGGUGCGAGCGCUGCCCAAUGGCCCAGGCCCUGCGACACGGCGUCGGAUGGUGGAGCAGAGCCCCGUCACGGCCUUCUUGCGGGAGAUUGGAAUGCCUCAAUAUGCGGAGGUUUUCAAAGACCACGGGUUCGACGACAUGGAGACCUUGAUGGGCAUGGAGGAGGAGCACAUGCGGGACAUGGGUAUGCCCAGCGGGCACAUUGUCAAGCUCAGGAGGCGCUUGCAGGAGGCCGAGGCCGCGGGGCCCGGCUACGGCACCCAGCUGGCCCCGCCGCGCACCCUCCAAGGAAAGGGCUUCGCCCCAGGGGGCAACACAAUGACGGCGGUGCAGAUGAGCUGGCAGCAAGUGAAGAACCUGGGCACGGAUGUCGUUGGGGGCCUCUUCUACAAGAAGUUCUUCAAGAUGGAGCCCUCGGCCAAGGCCUUGUUCCCCAUCGAGGUGCGCCUCCGCUACAAGGACUGGGACACGGACGAGGAAGAGGGCGAGGAUCCCACCGACUCCCCGGCGCUGCGGAAGCUGUGGGCCAAGUUCAUCACGGUGGUGGGCAGCGCUGUGGCCGGAAUCCAGGACACUGGUAAGUUGGUGCCCAUGCUGCAGCAGCUGGGCAUGCGCCAUGUGAACUACGGGCUGAAGGCGGAGUACUUCAACCUCGCGGGGAAGAUCCUGAUUGAGGUGCUGGCUGAGUGGUUGGGCGAUAGCUUCACGAAGGAGGUGGAGAACGCCUGGUCCAUGGUGGCCGGCUUUAUGGUGGCCACCAUGUACGGGGGCUACGCCCAGGCGGCCCUAGAGGUGAAGAACAAGGAGCUGCAGCUGAAGGAGAGAAUCGCGGACACCAGCUCGGAUGUCUCCUCCACCUGCGGUGGCAGCCGCCAGAUCUCGCCGCUGGAGGAAUUUGAGGAUGGGGAGGGCCGGCUGGACCUGCAUGGUUUGUCGCUGCACACGGACUUGAGCCGGGAGCAGGUGUCCUUGCUGCCGAACUAGAAGCUGAGUGCUGCGACAUUGGCCCUCCCAUUUUGCGAAAGAGGUGAUUUCGUGGUUU